AUGGCUAGAGGAAAUACCAAGCCAACUACUACUCCCAACUCCGCUGCCAGCAAGCCAACUACUACUCCCAAGGCCCCUGUCAGCAAGCCAACUACUCGGAAGCGAUCUGCCAGCCCGCCACUCCCUAGUGGCCAACGAAAGUUCAGGCGUCUUACUUUAAAGAAGCGAGUUGCCGUCCAGUCUGCCAGCAACACGCCCACUACUACCAAGUCCUCGGACAAUAAAGAUGUUAAAGGAGGCAAUGUACCUCAGACCGCCCGACAGCCACUAGCCCAAAUAGACGGCAAUGUUAAACGACUUGUUAAAAGAGCUGCAUCCAAGUCGCCCCAGCGGCCAGCAAAGGUAGCCCAAGAGGCUAACGUUAAACAAGAUAUCAAUAUUAAAGAUAAAGAGAAUGUUAAACCUAAAGAGAAUGUUAAAACAGCUGCGGACACCGAAGCCCAGAUUAAUAAACAUAAACCGACCUCGAACCAAGGACAAAGUGCUGCAGAGGUGGCCUACAGUCGAGUUUAUCCUCAUGGGCACGAGCUCAUAGAGACUUCAAGUAACGACCACAAGUGUGCCUGGUAUGCCAUCAUUGCCUCCCUGACAGCAUUAAAGGAUCAGGGGUCGAUCGACGUUCCGCUGCCGUCUGUUGAAGACCUUGACCGAGUUCUGGACGAAGAUUGUGCUGAGGAGAAGCAGCUAGCAAUAGAAGCCUUCAGAGACCCGGCGAACCCCAAUGAGGACAUGAGCAGUGCAUUUUCCGUUGACUUAGCCGCCUUGACUAUCAUGACCUGGGCUAAGGUGCGAGCUAUCGCUAUACAGAUGGGUUUCAUAGUCAAUGGUCAGAAGUUCUUGGUCGAUGCUCUGGAUGGACCUCUGCCCCAGGUCACCUUUUUCAUAUCCAACAACUAUGGCGAGACUGAUCUCCCCAUGGAGAGCCGGGACAACCACUUUUCUGGUCUGCGUCCGUUGUCUGAUUCGAGCUCGGUCAUGUUCAAUACCGACGAGCAUAGUCUUGUUGAGGCAGACCUGGAGUCUGUGAAGUCCAAUUUCAACGACGAUGAUAUCGACGAUGCAGACUUCGUAGCUGCUCAUGAGGACUUGGAGUCAGCUGAGUGUUCUGAAGGUGACCUUGACAGCGACGAUGGAGAUGUCAGCGAAGAAGAUCUGGAUGGCGACGAGGGUGAGGCAUAUACUUCUACUUCCAGCAAUAUCAACCUGGACACGCUCUCAGCAGACGAGCAACGAGCAGCAGUAGAAUUCGCCGAUGAGUCUGGAGCGUCUAAAUCUUCUCAAUGGAGUAUAAAAUAUAGACGAACUUUGAUCUUGAGCGUCCACGAGAAGAUCAAGAAAACUUCGUCCGGAAUGAGCGAGGAGCAGCAACUCUGUAUUGCACGGCUACGAAAGAUCAUGCAGAGUAUACUUCUUCGUGCCCAAGAGCAUCCUGAUGGCCUCCACUGGACCUUCAAAGUAUUUUUCAAGUGCUUGACUCAGGAGAACUUGAGCACAGAGUUCGUCGAUAUUUGUUGUGGUCUUGUACUUCCUGUAGUUCUGGAGAAGUUUGGAUGUGAUGACUAUAGCCCUGCCACGCUGAUAGGCAUCUUUCAGGAGCUCGAGCAAAACGCCGCAACACAGGACCAAGGCAAUGACUCAAACCCCAAGCGAGUGGCAUACCAGCUCGCAUUUUUCGAUACUGUUUUGAAAACCCUACGUAACUACAUUGGAGAAACUCGAGCAUGCUACGUCAGAUGGGGGAUGCACACACAGAACUAUAAACGAUCCAAGGCGUCAUGGUAUCCAGAGGCACGGAAAUAUCCCACUAUGGCCAAGAUGGUCCUCGCCGAUCUCAAGGACGUCUUUGAAGAACUUGGAUUCUUCUAUAUUUUUAUCAUUCGAAUGCUGGAGGCAUCAUUCUCGAUCCUCCUGAGAACGCUACCUCGCGAAGCACGCACGGGCCCGGGCAGCAGGUUUCAUUACUGCACCAAUGCCGCCGUGGCUUUCGCUAGAGCAGUGGAGGAAGACUUCCAGGAAGAUGGUGGCGAAAGAUCUGCCCCGCUUCUUCCUUCAGGCUGGAAUACCCUCGAAGGGUUCAACACAGCAUGGCCACUGCUCCAACCAAUUUUUGGCAUGAGAUGGCAUAAAGAGGAGAUAGCUAUCAUCAAGGAUGUGUACAAUAAAGCGAAAACAAAUGACAGCAAUUUGUGGGGCAAGAAGACUCAGGUCCUAGAGCAGAUGCGCCAAAGUUUGUUGGAAUGGAAGUCUAAGCAGACGAAUGCCUUGGUCCGGCUUGAACGAAGCACCAAAGCCAUCUACAAACGCACCCUCAAGCUGAAAUUGAGUUUCUAUAAUCUAAAUAGGACCCCAGCUACUGAUCGCCGAUGCUACAGAUGUUGGUAUGUCAGAACAGGGAAAUCGAGAAGAUGUGAUGGGGCUCAGCCUAAGUGUGGAACAUGCAGUCAGCUACCAGGGCUCGCAAAGGCUACGCCGUGCGGCGUAUUGAUGACAAAGGCCGAGGCUAUCGCACAAAUGCAGCGUGAGGAUGCAGCUGCAGCAGUCGAGCGUCGAUGUUCUCGGUGCUGGAAAGCCCCGCACAAGUGCGAUCAGGCGAAGCCCACGUGUUUUGCAUGCGUCCGUUACGAACAUGUGAAGGGGCCAUGCGGCCCUCACUACACUAAGGCCGAGUGGGAAGCAGCAGGGCGACCUCGAACUAUGCCCGCCACCCCGUCUCUAAUCCCUGCCGCUCCCGUCUCUAACACGAAUGCUGCGAAUCAAAACGGCAAGAAGCCUGCAUCGAAGGCCAAGAAGCCUGCAGCAAAGGCCAAGAAGCCUGCAGCACAAGGUAAAGAGGCCAAGAAAGGCUCCAAGAAGUGA